AACACGCUUUCCUCAGGAAGUGGCUCCUGCUCUCCGAUCCAGAGGAUCUUUCCGCGGGGGCCAAGGGCUACCUGAAGGUCAGCGUCCUCGUGCUGGGGCCUGGGGACGAAGCUCCUCUGGAGAAGAAGGAGGUGUCCGAGGACAAGGAGGACAUCGAGGCCAACCUGCUGCGCCCCACCGGGGUCACCCUGCGGGGGGCCCAGUUCUGCCUCAAGAUCUUCAAAGCCGAGGAUUUGCCCCAGAUGGACGACGCCGUCGUGGACAACGUCCGGCAGAUCUUCGGCUUCGAGAGCAACAAGAAGAACCUGGUGGAUCCCUUCGUGGAAGUCACCUUUGCCGGCAGGACGCUCUACUCCAGGAUCCUGGAGAAAAACGCCAACCCCCAGUGGAACCAGUGCCUGACCCUGCCGGCCAUGUUCCCUUCCAUGUGUGAGCGGAUGCGGAUCCGUGUGACCGACUGGGACCGCCUGACCCACAACGACGUCGUGGGCACCGCCUUCCUGGCCAUGUCCAAGAUCUCGGCCCCCGGCGGGGAGCUGGAGGUGGAUGACGGGCUCGGAUUCCUGCCAACCUUCGGCCCCUGCUACAUCAACCUCUACGGGAGCCCCCGGGAAUUCACGGGAUUCCCCGAUCCCUACGAGACCCUCAACCUGGGAAAGGGAGAGGGCGUUGCCUACCGUGGCAGGGUGCUGGUGGAACUGGAGACCAAGCUGGUGGAGCACCUGGAGCAGAAGGUGGAGGAUAUUCCCGCGGAUGACGUCCUGAGGGUGGAGAAGUUCCUGCGCCGCCGGAAAUAUUCCCUGUUCGCCGCCUUCUACUCGGCCACGAUGCUGCCGGGCGUGGAGGCCGCCGUGCAGUUCGAGGUCAGCAUCGGCAACUACGGCAACAAGUUCGACACCACGUGCCUGCCCCUGGCCUCCACCACCCAGUACAGCAGGGCCGUCUUUGACGGUGAGGCCCCGGCCUCGGGAGGCUCCGAUCCCGGCGGGACGUGGGCCUGGGAUCCUGGAAUGGCUUUGGGAUUGGGAGGGACCUUAAAGCUCGUCCGGUUCCGUGGGAAGGGAGACCUUCCACCAGCCCAG